AUCUUGGGCGGGUCUUGCCCUUGCGAAAUGUGGACUGCACUGUGAAGACACACUUCUUACCUAUUUCCUACUGUUCUUUCUUCAUUGUCUAUAUCUUUCACCAUUUCUUUCUCUGCCCCGGUGGGAUUUUAAGAGCACAGCUGGACUAAGACAAGGUUUCCAUGAUUUGUGAUAAAGUAUAACCAGAACAAAAGCACCAAGAUGCAAACCCCGGAUUUUGAUAAUGAUGAAAUCGAGCAGCAAUACUGCCGAGUUAACUCCCGAUGGGAAGCCACAGAAGAUGAGCUGGACAAUGACAACAGUUCUGCUCGGAUGUUUGAAAGAUCCCGCAUUAAAGCCCUUGCAGAUGAGCGUGAAGCUGUGCAGAAGAAAACAUUUACAAAAUGGGUAAAUUCACAUCUUGCCUUUGUAAACAUGCGGAUUUCUGAUCUCUAUUUGGACCUAAGAGAUGGGCGUGUACUGAUAAAACUGCUAGAGGUUCUUUCCGGAGAGCAGCUGCCAAAAAGAACCAAAGGAAGGAUGCGCAUCCAUUGUUUAGAAAAUGUAGACAAAUCUCUUCGCUUCCUAAAAGAGCAAAGAGUCCAUCUUGAAAAUAUUGGCCCCCAUGACAUUGUCAACGGUAACCACAGAUUGAUACUUGGCCUCAUCUGGACAAUUAUAUUACGUUUCCAGAUUCAAGACAUUAUCAUUGAAACAACAGGCAGUGAAACGCGUUCAGCAAAAGAUGCUUUACUUCUUUGGUGCCAAAUGAAAACUGCUGGAUACCCCAACGUUAAUGUGAAGAAUUUCACAACCAGCUGGAAAGAUGGCUUAGCAUUUAAUGCUCUGAUCCAUAAACACAGACCAGCUCUAAUAGACUUUGAAAACCUGAAAAAAUCCAAUGCUAAAUACAACCUUGAAAAUGCAUUUACUGUGGCAGAUCGUAAACUUGGUAUAACUCCGCUUCUUGAUCCAGAAGAUGUCUUCACUGAAAAUCCAGAUGAAAAAUCCAUAAUCACCUACAUUGUGGCCUUUUAUCACUAUUUUUCCAAGAUGAAAGCCUUAGCUGUUGAAGGAAAGAGAAUAGGAAAGGUUUUAGACAAUGCAAUGGAAACAGAGCAGCUAAUUUAUGAAUAUGAAGCUCUGGCCUCUGAUCUGCUGACAUGGAUUGAGCAAACCAUCUUGCAUCUUACAAACCAUAAAUUUGCAAACUCUCUGAUUGGAGUUCAGCAGCAGCUACAGUCAUUCAGCGCAUACAGAACCACCGAAAAACCACCCAAAUAUAAUGAGAAAGGGUAUUUAGAGGUUCUCCUGUUUACCAUUCAGUCACGGAUGAGGGAAAACAAUCAGAAACUCUAUGUACCUCAGGAUGGAAAAUUGGUGUCAGACAUCAACAGGGCAUGGAAACGCCUUGAAAAAGCUGAACAUGAACGAGAGACAGCACUAAGAAAUGAACUAAUUCGACAAGAAAAACUUGAGCAAUUGGCAAAGCGAUUUGAUCGUAAAGCAGCAAUGCGAGAAGCGUGGCUCUCAGAAAAUCAACAUCUCAUUUCACAGGAUAAUUUUGGUCAUGAUUUGCCAUCAGUUGAAGCAGCAAAAAAAAAACAUGAAGCUAUUCAGACGGAUAUCUUUGCAUAUGAAGAGCGCAUUCAAGCACUGGCAAAUGUAGCAAAGGAGUUGGAAGAUGAGAAAUAUCAUGAUAUAAAGCGUAUUACUGCCAGAAAAGACAACAUCCUGCGGCUUUGGAAUUAUCUUUUGGAGAUGCUUAAGUCUCGAAGAGAAAGGCUCUAUAAGAACCUUGAUUUGCAAAUCUUGUUCCAGGAGAUGCUGCAUACUGUCACCUGGAUGGAUGAAAUGAAGGUCAAUCUUGUAUCAACUGACUAUGGCAAACAUUUACUCGAGGCAGAAUAUCUCUUUCAAAAGCAUAACUUACUGGAGACUGAUAUUGCAACUCAAGCAGAAAAAGUGAAGGCAUUUUGCAAUGCUGCAUUUAAGUUUGUAGGUGGAGAUGAAUACCAGCCCUGUGAUCCACAAGUGAUUAAAGAUCGUGUCCGGCAUCUUGAACAAUGUUACCAGGAGCUUGUAGACCUGGCAGCACAACGAAAAGCUCAGCUUCAGCAGUCAAGGAUCUUGUGGAAAUUCUUUGGGGACAUGGAUGAAGUGGAGAGAUGGAUAAAGGAGAAAGAACACAUAUAUACUUCAAUGGAUUUUGGAAAAGAUCUCACAGGUGUCUCCAUUCUUCAAAGAAAACACAAGGCUUUCGAAGAUGAACUAAGGGGACUUGAAUCUAACUUACAGCAAACUAUUAAAGAUGGUGAAUCAAUGAUAGACAAUAAACAUUAUGGGUCAUCCAAGAUCAAGGAACGGAUUGACAAAAUCAACGUGCUGUGGGCUCAGCUUAAAGAUUUAGCAGCUUUCCGCUUAAAAAUUCUCAAUGACACUGAAAACUUUUUUCAGUUCCAAGGUGAUGCAGAUGAUCUAGCAGCUAGGCUUCAGGAUACAUACCGUAUAAUGCAGAGUGAGGACAUUGGACAUGAUGAAUAUUCCACACAAGUAUUAGUAAAGAAACAGAAAGAACUUCUAGAUGAUAUCAUGCUCAAUAGACAAAUAUUGGAGGGUCUUAACCAACAAGUGCAAAGAUUUCCAGAGGAGUUCAAAGUAUCCCCUGAAAUUGAUAGCAGACUUAAAAAAUUAAGGGUUUUGUUUUCUGAUCUGACUGCUUUGGCCGACCUACGCUCUCAAAAGCUUCAGGAUGCCCUUAUGUUUUAUACCAUUCUUGGUGAAAUUGAUGCUUGUGAAAUGUGGAUGAAUGAGAAGGAGAAAUGGCUUGAGAAGAUGGAAAUUCCAGAGUCACUAGAAGAUAUGGGUGUUUUUCAACAUAGGUUUAACACUCUAGAUCAGGAAAUUAAUGUUUUGGGUUCCCGAAUAGAGAACGUGGACAAGGCAUCAAAUGAACUAAUUGAAAGUGGGCACCCCAGCAGGAAACAAGUUAAACAAAGCCAGGACCACAUGAAUACCAGGUGGGCAGUUUUUAAGCAGAUGGUGGCACAGAGGAGAAGAGCCGUUGAUUCAGCCUUGGGCCUUCAUAAUUAUUUUCUGGAGUGUGAAGAAACCAAGAAUUGGAUAGUAGAAAAAAUUAAAGUUAUAGACUCUACAAAGGAUCUUGGAAAUGAUCUUUCUUCUGUGAUUACAAUUCAAAGGAAACUGUAUGGCAUUGAGAGAGAUAUAGCAGCUAUUGAAGCUAAACUUAUAAGUCUCCAGGAAGAGGCUAAGAGGCUUGCAGAUGAUCACCCUGAUCAUGCCCAAGAUAUUUACGACAGAUUGAUUUAUAUUAACAAUGUCUGGCAAGAUUUGCAGAAAACUCUUCAAAGCCAGGAAGAUUCACUAGGGGAAAGCAACAAACUGCAAAAAUUCUUGAUAGACUUAUUUGAUUUUGAGACUUGGCUGUAUAGGUCCCAACAGGCCACAGCUUCAGAAGAUAUACCUAUCUCCCUGCCAGAAGCAGAACAAAUGUAUCAUAAACAUCUUGCACUGAAAGAUGACAUUGAACAGCAUGAAAAUGAUUUCCAUGAUGUUGUUGACACUGGUAAGAAUGUAACACAAGGACAAACAGAUCCCCAAUACCAAGAGCUGGGUCAAAGAGUAAAGGGAAUAGAAGAGGGCUGGAAUGACCUUCACAAGAUGUGGAACAACAGAGAAAACUUUUUGUCUCAGUGUCUUGGAUUCCAAAAGUUCAUGAAGGAUGCAAAGCAGUCUGAAACCAUCCUAAACAGCCAGGAAUACACUCUCGCUCAUGUUGAACCUCCCAAAACGUUACAAGCGUCACAUGACAGAUUGAAAAAACAUGAAGAUUUUCUUGCUACAAUGGAAAAUAAUGAAGAAAAGAUUAUUGGAACUAUUGAAAGUGGAAAGAAGCUCGACGAGGACGAAAACAUGUUCUCUGAAAAAGUUAUGGAUAAAGUUUCCUCACUUGAAGACAGAUAUGGAAGAAAUAUUAACAAGGCAAAGGAAGUGUCUGUGCUACUGAGGGACAACUACGAUCUUCAGAAUUUUCUACAAAACUGUGAUGAGUUAACUUUGUGGAUCAAUGAAAAAAUGCUGACUGCUCAAGAUACGUCAUAUGAUGGAGCUCGGAACUUGCACAGUAAAUGGUUAAAGCAUCAAGCUUUCAAAGCAGAACUUGAUUCGAAUAGUGAAAGGCUGAACAAUCUCGACGAGGAGGGGAAACAACUAGUGCAGGAAAAACCUCAGUUUGCACCAGAAAUUUCUGAAAGACUUACUGAGUUGCAAAGGGGCUGGGAUGAACUGGAUGCAACAACCCAACAGAAGGAGCAGUCUCUGUUUGAUGCAAACCGUUCUGAGUUAUAUGAACAAAGAUAUUCAGAUAUUUCUAAGUGGAUAAAAGACAUGGAACAGCAGGUAGAAUCUGAUGACUUUGGAAAGGAUCUGACAAGUGUGAAUAUUCUUCUAAAUAAGCACAAGAGAUUUGAGGACCAGAUCCAACAAAAGGAAAGAGAGCUGGAUGAAGUUUUACCCCAAACAACCACUCCAGUGGAUGGAAAAGAGCAAGAUGUUAAAGUACGAUUCUUGCAACUUCAAGAGCCACUGAACGAUCGGAAAAGAAAAUUAGAGUCUUCAAAGCAAGUGCAUCAGUUGCAUCGGGACUUGGAAGAUGAAACGCUCUGGGUACAAGAGAGGUUACCACUUGCAGAAUCCAAGGACUAUGGAAAUAAUCUUCAAACAGUGCAGAUGCUAAUGAAAAAGAACCAGACUUUGCAAAAAGAGAUAACAGGUCAUGGACCUAGGAUAGAUGAUGUCAUUGAAAGAGCAGAUAAUAUGGAAGGUGAACCUGAUGUUGACUCCCAGCCAAUUGAAAGACAAAGACAAUCAUUGCAAGAGAUUUGGCAUCAUUUGCAGAGAGCAAUUGCAAAUAGACAACAUUGCCUGCAGCAGUCACAGGAUGCUCAGCAGUACUUCAUGGAUGCCAGUGAGGCUGAAGCUUGGAUUGAUGAACAACAACUUUACAUGAUUGGGGAUGAAAUACCUAAGGAUGAAGAAAGUGUGUUUUUUAUGGUGAAGAAGCAUUUGAGUCUACAGCAUUCAGUGGAGCACUAUUCGAAAAAUAUCAAAGAACUAGCAGACCAAGCUCAGAAGCUUCUUGCAUCAGAGCACCCUGAUAGUGAACAGAUAAUAAGACGCCAAGCCAAUAUCGAAAAACAAUAUGUUGCAUUAAGAGAAACGGCAGAUGAACGGAGACAAAAACUCGACAACAUUUAUCACAUGUUUCAGUUGAAGCGUGAAGUAGAAGAUCUGGAGCAGUGGAUUGCAGAGAGAGACGUGAAAGCAUCUUCUCAGGAAAUGGGACAGGAUUUAGACCAUGUAACAGUGUUACGAGACAAAUUCCGUGAUUUUGCUAAAGAAACAGGAGCCAUCGGCCAAGAACGCAUAGACAAUGUGAACAUCCUAAUUGAAGAGCUGAUUGAUGCUGGACAUUCUGAGGCAGCAUCCAUUGCAGAGUGGAAAGACAAUCUGAAUGAAAGCUGGGCAGAUCUGCUGGAGCUUAUUGAUACUCGUCUUCAGCUCUUGGUGGCAUCUUAUGAUCUUCACAAAUUCUUUUAUGAUGGUUCUGAGAUCUUAAGCAUGAUAGAGGAGAAGCAUAAAGAGCUACCUGAAGACUUGGGUGGGGAUGUGCACACUGCAGAGUCACUGCACAGAGUACACACGGCAUUUGAGAGGGAUAUUCACUUUAUUGGCUCACAGGUCCAGCUUUUCCAAGAUACAGCUGCACGUUUAUUCACAGCGUAUGCAGGAACUCAAGCUAUGGAUAUACAGAAAAAGGAGUGUGAGGUGGUUGAAGCCUGGAAAGCUCUUUUGGAUGCCUGUGAUGGACGUCGCACAGAGCUUAUUAGUGCAGCUGAGAAAUUCAGAUUCUUUAGUAUGGUGCGAGAUUUAAUGCUUUGGAUGGAGAGCAUCAUUAGACAGAUUGAAACACAGGAAAAACCAAGGGAUAUAUCCUCUGUUGAGUUCCUUCUCAAAUACCACCAGGAUUUGAAGGCAGAAAUUGAAGCAAGGAACAUAAGCUAUUCUAGUUGUGUUGAACUUGGACAAACCCUUCUAGCUAGAAAUCACCCAGCCUCAGAAGAGAUUAAAGAAAAUCUGAUGCAGCUCGCGGAAAGAAGAGCAGAGAUGUUAGAGAAAUGGGACAAGCGGUGGGACUGGCUACGUGUGUUGCUGGAAGUUUGUCAGUUUGCAAGAGAUGCCUCAAUGGCAGAGGCCUGGCUAAUAGCAAAGGAACCAUACCUGACAACUGCUCAUGUUGGAAACAGCUUAGAUGAUGUUGAGAAGCUGCUAAAAAGACAUGAAGCAUUAGAAAAAUCUACAGCAACAUGGGAAGAAAGAUUUGCAGCCCUUGAAAGACUGACCACACUGGAGUUAUUAGAAAUAAGGAAAUAUCAGGAGGCUAAAAGACAAGAAAUUGCAAUGGCAGCUGACACAGAAAUGAGACAAGAAUAUGAGACAGUCAAACAAUAUACAGAAGGUAUAGAGAAAACGUUUGAAGAAACACAUCCAAGUGACUCAGCUAGAAUAUCAGAAGAGGUUGAACAGCUGUUACAAGCCAGGUUGCAGUACACGACAGAAGCAAGUGAACUUGAUUACAGUGAUGCAUAUACCAGGACAACAAAAGAGCAAAAAAUCCCAGAGGAAGAGGACAAAGAAACACGUGAAGAACAUAAGAAAGAAGAACAAAAGAUCACACAAGAGGAGCACAAGAGUACAAGGGAGGAACACACAUCAGAGAUUACUAAGCACACUGAAUACAGCAUACUACAGCCAGCUGUGAGCAAGAUAGAAGAGGAAGUGAUUACUCUGACUAGUAUUUCCACUAUUAUCCAAAUGCAGGGAUAUCUAGCGAGAAAGCAUGAUCUAGAAGGAACCGUAAAGAAAGCAUCCAACAGGUCCUGGAAUACAGUAUACUGUGUGCUCAAGAACAAUGACUUGUAUUUUUAUAAAGAUGCCAAAAAUUUUGCAAUGAAUGAAACUCUACAAAAUGAAGAGCCACUUACACUUGGCAAUGCAAGAUGCGAAAUAGUAGCAGAUUAUAAAAAGAAAAAGAAUGUUUUUAGACUUCGACUGUAUGAUGACAACGAAUGGCUGUUUCAAGCAAAGGAUGAGGCUGAGCUCCAAGCCUGGGUUCCGAUUUUAAGAACAGCAAUUACAGAGUCGUCAAAUGAAAAACUGAAGUCUAAAAGUCUUCCCCUCCCUUCCACAUCUGGCACUGAGGGCAAACCAGAGAAGAAAGAAAAGAGAUUCAGUUUUUUUCCAUCGAAAAAAUAACAGUGGUAUCAGCUAAAAUGGAGAAAGUAAUAUCUGGGUCCUGACUUAAACAAAAAUCUCUUGGAGAUGCUAUUAUUUACUGACUUGCACAAUGACUGACUGAGGAUAUUAAGAAAUAAUCCUAUUUGCCAUACAAAUUUUGUGAGUCUCUUAAAUAAGCCUGUGAAUCUGUAAAAUGGUACAGAGUAUAUCAAUGUAUUGCCAAAAACACAGUUAAUAAUUUAGCUUUAUGACCUACAGGUGAUUUUUUUUAUUAUGUACAUAUCAUACGACAUCCUAAGAAUUGUUGAGUCAGUCCCAUGUAAGGCAGAAUACUGAAUUUUUUUUAAAACAAAGUGUUCUAUUACAUUCUUUUUUAAUUUUUCAAUUUAACAAUAAAUGUCAGCCAUUACAGAACAUUCAAUAUGUGUUUUUUUGUAAAAGUGUUUUUUAUAGUAUAGGUGAAAUGUCAUGUUAAACCCUGCUAUACAGCUCUUCAGGGUGGUUCCUGUCUUUAAUUCUAAAAAAUAUAAUAAUUUUAGUGUGCAAAAUGUACUAUUUAUUUGUGCUUGACAAACUCUAUUGGUCAGCAUCAGUGAAAGAUCAUGGGCUAGAUUACGAGUGGAGCAUAAACAUUUGCGCAUGAGCGAUAAGGGGUGUUUGCGCUUGUUGCUUGUAUUACAAGUUGAAAGUAAACGUGAUCGCUUGAGCGCAAAUCACAAUUUACGCUAGAAUGAAUACCGCAACUUCAGAGUUCUGGUUAAUUGUUUUGCAAAACAAAAAAGUGUCACAAAACACAUCAACAAUACAUUACAAAGUACAGUUUCACUCAAAAUAACACCAUCUAAUAAAAAUUAUUCAAAAAAUAUUGCACACAAGUUAUAAAGGCUCAACGAUAUGAGAUCUCAGGCGAAGGCAGGCAAAGGGUUUUAACAUAGACAUACAUACAUAUACAUGUCUAGAAAUGUAUAUGUAGAAUAUAUAUAUAUAUAUAUAUGUGUGUGUGUGUCUAUAUAUGUAUACAUGUGUAUUUAUGUAUUAAUAUUUGUAUAUAUGUAUUUACAGACAUAUAUACACAUAUAAAACACAUAAAUACACACACACACACACACAUAUAUAUAUAUAUAUAUAUAUAUAUAUAUAUAUAUAUAUAUGUAUGUAUAUGUAUGUGUGCAUUGGAGCCCUUUGCAGUUAAGUAGAUGAAAACAUGUAAAAGUAUAUUUAUGCAAUAUUCAUAUUUAAUAAAGAAUUUAAUUGUGUAUUUACUGUAAAUAUUUCACAUUACAAUUUUCUGCACAUAGUAGAAUAUGUUCUAUGUAUUUAUAAAUAGAUAUAGAUAUUGUACCAACAUACCAUCAGAUAUAUGUAGAAAUAUUUAUUUAUGAAGAAAUAGAACAUAUUAUUCUAUGUGAAGAAGAUUGGAAUGUGAAAUAUACAUAUUUUCAUGUCAGGUUAGCGCACAUGAGAAUAUGCGAUCGGGUUUGCGUGAGAGUGGGGUGUUAGUUCCCCCCCACACACUUUUUUUAUCCAUUGACUUCUAUGGGGAAUUACAUGAGCGCGCACACAAUAUUGUAAGUUCGGCUUUUUGCGCGCAAGCGAAAACAGUUUACUUUUAACUCAUAAUACGAGCGCAACCUGACGAGUGCAAAAAGUUUACCGCUAGCGUAAUUAGCGCUCGAGCAUGAGCGUUAAUUAGCGCUCCACUUGUAAUCUGGCCCCAUGUCAUUGACUAAGUACCAACCAAUGAUAGCACAUAUUCUAUUCUAUUUUGCCUAGUGAGGAUAAAUGUUAAAAAGAUCAGUGGAUUGAGUAGACUAUAAAAUCACAUAUUAAAACUUAAUAAAAGGGAUAAUAAAAUUAAAUUUAAACUUUCAUUAUCAGGUACAGCAUGCAAUUUGAAACAACUUUAAAUUUACUUCUAUAAUAAAAUUGACUUCAUUCUCUUGAUAUCCUUUGUAUAUAUAUAUAUAUACACACAACAACAUUUAAAAUUAUGGGUAGUUGAAAAGUGAGUUUAGAAUCCUCCACUAAGAAAAAAAUAUAGUGAAAAUAACUCAUUGUGUAGUUCAUUAACAAAUCUAGACAAUCCAGAAGGCUACUGUUGGAAAAGCAAGCCUUCUGGCUUGUCUAGAUAAGUGUAAUUUGUUUUUAAAUGCACAAAUUAUCGUUAAAUACCUAUAUGUUAAAUUAUGCAUUUAAUUUGUGCUUUGGAUAGCUAAAAAUGAUAUGAUAUUAGAAAAUAUUACACUACCCCCACCUCCACCCGGCUACUACAUAAUGCCACUUGGCCACUUAAUAAUGUCACCCGGUUGGCAAAAUUUUCUGUGGAAUAUAUAUAUGUGUGUGUUUGUGUGUUUAAAUUCAAAAGAAUUAGGCAGGAUUAUGACUGUAUACCCCAUGCAUUUUCAAAAAAGCCAUCAUUACUUUCUUAUUGUUGUAGUGUUUAAACUGUGUUGCUUUAUGAAGUUUUCCUUAUUGGCACUUAGCAUGCCCUGUGAGUAGUGGUGUCAGUGGCCAGUAAUAUGUUGUAGCUCUUGAUUAACAGCUAUGUGCAUUGUUAUACUCAGUACUAUUUAAGGUUGCAGCAUGUUCAUAAGACAGAUUCCAGAAAUAAAUUGCAGCUUUGAAAGUGUUUUGUAUUUUUUGUUACAUCCUCCUUACUACUGAUCCUAAAGUGGUGCUAUUUUUGAAACCUACAAUGGUAUAAACAGUAUGUAUUUGUCAAAAUAAUUGAAGAUGAGCAAAUAAAGAGUUAAUAUUA